UUCCCAGCCAGUCGUCGGGCGGGAGCCGGACGGAGUAGACGGCUACGGCUAAUCAGUACCGGCCCAGGUGAGACAAUCUCUACACACUUUAAACGGGAGAAGAACGAAUGAUACCGGAAGUGAUUCUUCAACAAGAACACAAACAUGUUUAACUUAAGGACUUGUGCUGCUAAACUCAGGCCUUUGACGGCCUCUCAGACUGUUCGAUCACUUUCACACAGAGGGCCCGCGGCACCCAGGACGUUUCAGCCACUCAGGUGCUUAAGUACACCUGCAGCCGCAGAGCCGUUUCUUAGUGGCACUAAUUCUAACUAUGUGGAGGAAAUGUACUUUGCUUGGCUGGAGAACCCAAAGAGCGUUCACAAGUCAUGGGAUGUCUUCUUUCGGAAUGCAAAUGCUGGUGCAGCUCCUGGAACAGCUUACCAAAGCCCACCUCCCCUCGGUAGCAACCUCUCUGCCUUUGCGCAGGCACAGUCAUUGAUCCAAGGACAGCCAAAUAUAGAAAAACUAGUGGAAGAUCAUCUUGCUGUACAAUCUCUCAUCCGUGCUUACCAGAUCCGCGGGCACCAUGUUGCUCAGCUAGAUCCACUUGGCAUUCUGGAUGCAGAUCUGGACUCCUGUGUGCCAGCUGACAUUGUCACAUCCUCAGACAAACUCGGAUUCUACGGACUUGAAGAAUCUGACUUGGACAAAGUGUUCCGCCUACCAACCACCACAUUCAUUGGAGGAAAUGAAACUGCUCUGCCCCUUCGAGAGAUCAUCAGAAGGCUUGAGACUGCAUAUUGCCAGCACAUUGGUGUUGAAUUCAUGUUUAUUAAUGACCUGGAGCAAUGCCAGUGGAUUAGAGAGAAGUUUGAAACCCCAGGAAUCAUGCAAUUCACCAGUGAAGAAAAGCGUACCUUGCUCGCUAGGCUCGUCAGGUCUACCAGGUUUGAAGAGUUUCUCCAUCGUAAAUGGUCUUCUGAGAAACGUUUUGGACUGGAAGGUUGUGAGGUUUUAAUUCCAGCCCUAAAGACCAUUAUUGAUGAAUCCAGCAAGAAUGGAGUAGAGUAUGUCAUCAUGGGGAUGCCCCACAGAGGCCGUCUGAAUGUCUUGGCAAAUGUCAUCAGGAAGGAGCUAGAACAGAUUUUCUGUCAGUUUGAUUCCAAGCUAGAAGCUGCAGAUGAGGGUUCUGGCGAUGUUAAAUACCAUCUUGGAAUGUACCACAGACGGAUAAACAGAGUGACAGACAGAAAUAUAACCCUGUCUUUGGUGGCCAACCCAUCCCACCUCGAGGCUGCCGAUCCAGUGGUUCAAGGAAAGACAAAAGCUGAACAGUUUUACUGUGGAGACACAGAAGGCAAAAAAGUGAUGUCAAUCCUCCUGCAUGGAGAUGCUGCUUUUGCAGGACAAGGCAUUGUAUAUGAGACCUUUCACCUGAGUGACCUGCCGUCACACACUACACAUGGGACUGUGCAUGUGGUGGUCAAUAACCAGAUUGGCUUCACCACUGACCCUCGAAUGGCACGAUCUUCUCCUUACCCCACUGAUGUGGCCAGAGUAGUGAAUGCCCCCAUCUUCCAUGUCAAUGCAGAUGACCCUGAAGCUGUUGUGUAUGUUUGUAAUGUUGCUGCUGAAUGGAGGAACACCUUCCACAAGGAUGUUGUGGUGGACUUGGUUUGUUACCGCCGGAAUGGUCACAAUGAAAUGGAUGAGCCCAUGUUUACGCAACCUUUGAUGUACAAACAAAUACGCAAACAAAAGACAGUGCUACAGAAGUAUGCAGAGACCCUGAUAUCGCAGGGGGUGGUUAACCAGCUGGAAUAUGAGGAGGAAAUUGCAAAGUAUGACAAGAUCUGUGAGGAAGCACUGACCCGCUCCAAAGAUGAAAAGAUCCUUCAUAUUAAGCAUUGGCUGGACUCCCCCUGGCCUGGUUUCUUUACUCUGGAUGGUCAGCCACGCAGCAUGACAUGCCCAUCCACAGGGCUUUCUGAAGAGGAUCUGACGCAUAUCGGGGCCGUGGCCAGCUCUGUACCUGUAGAAGACUUUACUAUUCAUGGAGGUCUCAGCCGUGUCCUCAAAGCCCGUGGAGAGAUGGUGAAGAACAGAACUGUUGACUGGGCACUGGCUGAGUACAUGGCAUUUGGGUCUCUACUGAAAGAGGGAAUCCACAUCCGUCUCAGUGGCCAGGAUGUGGAGAGAGGCACUUUUAGUCACCGUCACCAUGUGUUACACGAUCAGAAUGUGGACAAGAGGACAUGUAUCCCUAUGAAUCAUCUAUGGCCAAACCAGGCCCCUUACACUGUCUGCAACAGCUCCCUGUCAGAAUAUGGGGUCCUUGGGUUUGAACUGGGCUUUGCUAUGGCUAGCCCUAAUGCCUUGGUUCUCUGGGAAGCCCAGUUUGGAGAUUUCCACAAUACAGCUCAGUGUAUCAUUGAUCAGUUCAUCUGUCCUGGACAGGCCAAGUGGGUGAGACAGAAUGGAAUUGUCUUGCUUUUACCCCAUGGCAUGGAAGGCAUGGGUCCUGAACAUUCCUCUGCUAGACCUGAACGCUUUUUGCAGAUGUGCAAUGAUGACCCAGAUGUCUGGCCUAAACCCUCAGAUGACUUUGCAGUGCGCCAGCUUUAUGACUGCAAUUGGAUUGUUGUGAACUGUUCCGCUCCAGCUAACUUCUUCCAUGUUCUCCGCAGACAGAUCCUGCUGCCUUUCCGCAAACCGUUGAUUGUCUUCACUCCAAAGUCCCUUUUGCGUCAUCCAGAAGCUAGAUCAAGUUUUGAUGACAUGUUGGCAGGUACCCAUUUUAAAAGAGUAAUCUCUGAAGAUGGACCAGCCUCCCAGAAUCCUGAAGGGGUGAAACGUAUUCUUUUUUGCACUGGGAAGAUUUAUUAUGAUCUGACUAAAGAACGUAACAGCCGUGGAUUGGAUUCGGAUGUGGCCAUCACUCGUGUAGAGCAGUUGUCUCCAUUCCCAUUUGACCUUAUGGAACAGGAAGUGAAUAAAUACCCGAACGCAGAGCUAGUUUGGUGCCAGGAAGAACAUAAGAAUCAGGGUUAUUAUGACUAUGUGAAACCUAGACUUCGCACCACCAUACACCGUGCUAAGCCAGUCUGGUACGCUGGCCGUGAUCCUGCAGCUGCUCCAGCCACCGGCAACAAGAAAAAUCACACACUCGAGAUGAAGCGUCUCCUGGAUACUGCUUUCAACCUGGAGUCCUUCAAGGGCCUUUAUUAGGCUUCCAUCUGCUUUUCUUAAAAUCCCAUCUGCACUCUCCAACUUUCCAUCAAUACACUCACUAGGGACUCUCCCCUCAACCUUUUUGUGUCUUUGCUUUACCUUGGCAGAGAAGGUGUUAUAGCCAGGCUUAAGUGGGGAUGGGUUUAAUUAGUUUGUUUUUAUUUUGUUGUUUUUUUAUUUGUUUUUUGCUGCUAGUAGUCUUGCCACUUGACAUUUUAAAUAAGGCCAAAAUAAAAUAUUUGGGGGGAGGGCGGAAGAAACUAAAAUGAAUAUCAAAGUACAGGUAACUGUAUAUUACAUAUUUAUCAUAUCUCUAAAACUCUGGCUUUAUUAUUUAAAAAGUGUAACCAAUUGAUGGCAGACAUCUUUGCCUUUUAUUGAGUGUCUGGACCUGCGGAAAUCGCAGAAGCAUUCAUAUGCUGCACAGCUUUAAGCAGGCAAACAAGUUAUGUACCCCUUUACCCAUCACUUUUACCAGCAUACUAAAGGAAGAUUGGACACCCACAGGUCAUGGAGUACAGUAUAUAAGGAUCAGUUCUGCCAUGGCCAACACAGGUCUUGGAGUACCAGAGAUCUGUGGACUAUAUUUUCCAAUGCAUUGCAUGGGAAAUAGUGGUGCUUUCUAAAUAGAGUAAUUUCCCAUGAUGCUCAGCUAGCAUAAAGGCUGGUUAAUAAUCAUGGUAAGUGUAUGCUGCAAACAGCUGGGGUACAAAUAGUAAUCUUUGGUUACCUUGUGGCUAAUGCAUUUCUAAAAGAGAUGAUAUUGGACAAUUAUUCAACCAGGAUUGUUUUACAGAUCUUGCUCUCUGGUUUAUGGAGGGGUCUUAACACGGUUGUCUGGACUGUGGAAAAACAGUGAAAGCAUAAGCUUGUCAAUCAUAAUAUGUAUGUCCCAAAUCAACCAUAUAUAUAUAUAUAUUCUUUUAAAAUGUUAUUUUCCUUUUCUAAAAUAGCAGGUUUUGUUUUCGGGCCUGAAUUUGAUAAAUGAUACCCUUUUAAAACACCUGUAAAUUGUAAAUACAUAUCAAUAAUAUUACAAAAGAUCAUUUAUCAAUAUCUUCCUGGCACAUAUUGUCAAAUAUAUUUUUAUUUUGAAACUUUGAAAAAGCCAUCAUUUUACCUCUUUUUAAAUUUAUGCAAAAGACCAGAGUAGGAGAAUUUUUAAUAUUAUUAUUUGAUUUUGUUUUUUUUUUUACACUUAACAGUUGGAACUUUUUGUCUGCCAACCUCCUCCAGAUUAUAGAUUGGUUAUUUUGAGUGAUGAUAAAAUGAUUGGGGUACUAUGGCUCAUCAAACUAUUUGUAACAUAGGGAGAAAUAACAGCCUGCUAUGAAUAAACCACUGUUACCAAUCUUUUUGUCCAAUACAGUUCCUCUGUAAUAUAUAAGCUUUUAAAUCAUUGCACAGGAUUCUGGGUAAUGCUUGUAAAGCUUGAUAACUUUUAGCCUGUCUCAUUUCAAUCACCCAGUAUCCAUUGCUGCUUUAAGGGUUAACCCAUUCUCUGCCAUCAAACCGCAGCGAAUAUGUUUUGUUUUUAUUUCUUUGCUUAAUGCUGAAUUUCUCCUUUAAACAAAAUAUUUAACAUAUUCUAGUUGCAUGUGCCAAACUCUGUACCCACAGACAGCAGGGAGAGGGUAGCAAAACAUGGAAAUAAAUGGACAAAUUGAUUUGAUGAUAAGGCCACUGACACAAAAACAAACUUAUUUAUUUUGUUAAAAUAAAUAAAAAUACAUAAAAAAAAA